AUGGUGGGCAAGAAAAGUGGAAAGGCCCUCCUGCGGGAGGAAGGCCUGGAGAGAACUGACAACAACAUGGAGCUCACCUCCUGGCCUUUAAUCCAGGCCAUAAACCAGAAAAACUACUACACAGACUAUCUCAAGCGAGACGAGCAAAUCCUGGCCUACCGAUCGCAGCAGGAAGAAGCUCGCAACAAAAUGGUGAAACAAGCCAAAGACAGGGACAGGGCACUUGCACAAGGCAAAACAGUCGGGCCUGAUGGAGAUAUCGAAAUGGAUGAUGGUGAAGAGGAGGCCGAAGACGAGGCUGCGAGCGGAGCAAAGACCAUUGUCAUCCACAUCGGAUCCCAGAAUCUAAGAGUCGGUCUUGCCAACGACGCUCUCCCAAAGACUGUUCCCAUGGUGAUCGCUCGUCGGUCGACCAAGUCUGAGAGCGAGGAGGGAGAUGGAGAGCCAGCGCCCAAAAGAGCCAAGCUGGACAACGGCUUACCACCACCAGAACCAGAGAAGCGUUUUGGCGAGGACUUUGCAAAGAAGUUUUCUGGGAUGUCUCAGGAUCUUAAGGUGCGAAUGAGGAUGAACAAGAGAAAGGUGUUGCCGCAGUCCAGAGACAUGGUCACCAGCUACAACCGAAGAAAUACAUACGAAACCAUCACGGAACACAACGACACCAUGCGCAUCGAGUGGACAGAUACAAACGAGGGUUUUGGUGAACCGCCCGAAUAUAUUACGGGAAAAGCCGCACUUCGCAUCCCUGAUCAAUCAACGCCGCGGUACAAACUGUUCUGGCCCAUCCGACAUGGUUGGAUCAACGAGCAAGACUACGAGUCGAAGCGCUUCUUGUAUGAUGAUAUCCGCAUCAUCAUCGAAGACGCCAUCAAAACUCAGCUCGAACUGAAACUGCGCACGCGGGGAGACUGGAACCAGUAUAGCUGCGUCAUAGUGAUUCCUGACUACUACGAAAGGACAUACGUGACGAGUCUGCUCGAAUUGGCGAUUAGCGAGUUUGGAUUUGGACGCGUUUGCUUCAUCCAGGAGAGUUUGGCCGCUUCCUUUGGGGCUGGUUUCACGACAUGCUGCAUUGUCGACAUCGGCGCGCAAAAGACGACGAUAUCUUGUGUGGAGGACGGAAUGGUUCUUGACAACUCCCGAGUCAACCUGAAAUACGGCGGCAGGGACAUCACCGAAACUUUUGUGAAGAUGGUCAUCUACAACCACUUUCCUUACUCGGAGAUCAACUUGAACCGACGAUAUGACUUUCAACUGGCGGAAGAGCUGAAGCAAAAGUUUUGUACUAUGACCGAGGCGGAUGUGUCGGUGCAGUUGUAUGACUUUCACCUGCGUGCGCCGGGACAAGACACCAGAAAGUACACAUUUAAGAUCUACGAUGAAGUCAUCCUUGCGCCGAUGGGACUUUUCAAACCUCAAAUCUUUGAUAACAGUGGGAAACUGAAGGGUCGUCGUAAACUGGUCGACAAAUCCUACGACAUCUACGACAACAAACCAAACGACCCGAGCUCCACCGCGCAGGCAGAGAUCCUGACGGCCAUCGCUCCCGAAGAAAUCCUUACCUCAACAAACAAGGCCGCUCCGAAGACCAAUGGACAUGCGAAUGGCGUUCUGACCAACGGAAUAACGACAAAGGACGAGCCUUUUAACGACUCCCGCCGUCCGUCUUUCAGUAACAUCAAGGAAAUGGAUGCAACACCUCAGCCUUCAGCCGCAAGCUCACCCGCCCGCAACUUGCCGGACGGCACACCGCAGCCCGGGGAGGAGAACGAAGGCGGCGCUCCCCGCGACGAGAAGCCUCCGGUGCCCGAGGUGGAAGAAGAAGAACCCCUCUCCAUCGAACGACGCGAUGACAUUCUCCCCAUCUACCCUCUCCCCAAUGCAAUUGUCACCUCCAUCACCCACGCCGCGAGAGGCUCCUCCCAGAAGACGUCCGAUCUCCUCUCUGGCAUCAUGCUUACGGGUGGCACAUCUAUCAUUCCCGGACUGGGCUCGCAUCUCGAGGAGAGUCUGAAGGGGAUAUUACCAGGCUACAGCAAGGACAUUUUGAUUGGACGCCCGCCUAGGGAACUAGAUCCGCAGGUCGUGGCUUGGAAAGGCGGCGCUGUCUUCGGCAGGAUGAGUCGCACCAAUGAUUCUUGGAUCAAUGCUUUUCUAUACGAGAGGCUAGGUGAGCGAAUAUUGGCGCAUAAAUUGAUGUGGGCGUGGUAG